UUUGUUUGACUGAUUUCCAUUUCUUUUCCCAUAUAGAGAUUUUGAACCAUUGUGACUCUGAUAUUUUUGGUGCUUGAGACUUUAAAACGUGACCAUCAGACGGCAACACAGGUUACAAUGAGGGUCACAGCAGCCGUACUCUGGACAGCAGCCGUGUUGGUGGGACUUCAGAAGAGCGCUUCAUCACCUGACAACUUUGUAGACCGAUCAUCCCAAAACCUCUCCUCUGUCCCAACUGACCUGCCACAGACGACUGAGUUUUUAGACCUCUCUCGCAACUACAUACAUCAGCUUCACAAUGGAGACUUUGAAAAGACCACUCACCUUAGGUUCCUGAAUGUGUCAUGGAACGGUUUGGAGGAGAUCGAUCCACAGACUUUUCUUGACACGCCUCUCCUGGAACAUCUGGACUUGUCGCACAACAAUCUCAAGAACCUCUCAGGUCAACAAUACCUGCUACACACAGUGAACCUCCUGAUGCUAAACUUGGCCUUUAACAGAUUUCUUACCAUGACAUUGGGGAGUGAGUUCAGCUCUCUUGUAAAACUGGAGAGAUUAAAAGUUGGAGCAAAAAACAUCAGUGUGGGUGACUUCAAGAACAUUGCUAAGGUGAAACUACGCACAUUGACGUUAUUACUAGAGGAUGGACUUUAUUAUGAAGCAGGCAGCCUGGAGGAUGUUCAUGCUCAAAGGCUGCAGAUAGCCUUUGGACAUGAUCAGAAAAUUGACCGUAAUCUGACUGCUGAUGCUCUGUCCCUGUUUGCUGAAGUGGAGAUGAUGAAUAUGGAAGAUGGCUACAGAGACCUAAGUAAGCAGCUAAGAGAGACAGUGAAAAUCCACACGACAAGUUUUUAUCUCACCAACAUAACAAUUAAAUGGCAGGACUUAACUGAAUAUGUAAAUGUGGCUCUAAAUACAACUUUGAAACAUGUUGGUGUUUCUGAAAUGAAUGUAAAGAAUCCUCCUCACUACACAACUGAAGUGAUCAAAACAUCACAGGUGAUUUCUUUCACAGCCAGACAGGCAGUGGUAACAAGUUUCCAAUUCUCACAGGAGGCUUUAUACAACUUUUUCAUCAGCAUGCCAGUGGAGAGAGUUGCGAUUACUGACACAUCAAUAAUACACAUGACCUGUCCCAAGUCACAGAGUCCAAUACGCCAGCUGGAUUUUUCCUUUGGUGCUCUGUCUGAUUCCAUCUUCUCAAGUGUGGUGGGUAAAAAAGUAGUUGAAUGUCAGAACCUGCAUAACCUGAAGAACUUGACUCUGGUAGGCAACAGUCUUAAAAAACUUGAGAUACUGAGCAAACGUUUUCAAUAUAUGUCAUCCCUGCAACAUCUGGACCUCAGCGUCAACUCCAUAAGAUAUGACCAGUCAUCCCAGUGCAUCUGGCCAGCAAGCAUCACCAAUAUAAAUCUGUCUUCUAAUAGUUUGACUGACUCGGUUUUUCAAUGUCUACCAAAUGGGACACAGAUACUGGACCUCCAGAACAACCAGAUUUCUGUGGUUCCGCAAUCCAUCUUCAAACUGAGGAACCUUUCAACUCUGAAUCUAAAUGCUAACCGGCUGCGGGACCUGCCGCUGUGUCACACUUUCCCCAAACUCCACAAGCUUCUGCUCAGGUCAAAUUCUCUCCAUGCCCCAUCUGUGAACAUAUUGGAAAGCUGUCCCGAACUGCGUACCCUAGAUGUCAGUUUUAACCCCUUCACCUGUACCUGCACUCUAACAAGUUUCAUAAAGCUCGCUAUCAAUUCUGAAAAGAACAACAGCCAAUCAGGAAUUGAGCUGCUGAAUUGGCCACAGGGCUAUUACUGCACAUACCCCGAGGACGUUAGAAACUCAACUUUAAGAAGCAUCUCGAUCCCAGAGGUUUCCUGCAGCAUUGGCCUUCUAGUGGUCGCAAUUUUGGUCCCAGCAGGGACACUGAUUAUUUUUGUUGUAAUUCUGUGUCACCGUUUGGAUGUCCCCUGGUACAUGGGCAUGAUCUGGCAGUGGACAAGAGCCAAACAUCGUGCAAGAAUGCAACAAGCUCGACCCGAAGAUCUGGUGGGCCUGGAGUUCCACGCGUUUGUGUCUUACAGCCAGCACGAUGCUGACUGGGUGCGCAAUUCCCUUCUUCCCAACCUUGAAGGCCCCGCAGGAGGGCUUAGAAUCUGUCAUCACGAGAAACAUUUUGUGCCGGGAAAGACGAUCAUUGAGAACAUCAUCAGCUGUGUGGAGAAAUGCAGGCGCUCUGUGUUUGUCCUCUCUGCUCACUUUGUCAAGAGCGAGUGGUGUCAUUACGAGCUCUACUUCGCCACCCACCAACGUCUCACUCUGGGCUCAGACAGCAUUGUGCUGGUACUGCUUGAGCCUCUGCCUCAAUACCUAAUCCCAUCCAAGUACUACCAGCUGAAGUCCAUGAUGAACCGCCACACAUAUCUGGAGUGGCCUCAAGACAGGGCAAAACAAAGGUUAUUCUGGGCUAACCUCAGAGCUGCCCUACAGACUGACCUGCCAAAUGCUCCAGUCACACAAGUACAGGACCAUUUGGCAGAGGAAAGACUUGAAGAGGGACAGAGGUUAAUAGGGUAAAAAAGGGCUACAAAAGCAUUUGGAUACACUAGAAAUACGUCAUAGCUACCCUGAAUCUUUAAAGACCGGGCACCUUUUAGGGUUAAUUUAUCUCAUUAAUUUAAUUAGCAUUUAAUGACCAUCUG